AUGUCCAUAUCCGUUUCCAGUCCUCUACUCUCUGUCCACCGCGAUAUCACACCCCCAGCCAUGCCCGACGCGGGCGUGGCUCACCUCCAUGACCGCUUGAACUAUCUGGAUUCCCGAAUAAGCGAGCUUCGCUCGGUAAUAUUGACCAAAGACUCCUAUGUCGAACGCCGAAACAGAGAAGAUCUAUACAUCCGACGCGAAUUCGAGACGCAAAGAACCAUCUCCGAACGUAUCGAUGUGGGCGUGACCAUCCUCAAGACCGAGCUGAAUCAAAUCCGGAACAGCGUCUCGUCGUUGAAUGGGGAUACAGCGUUCCUACGCAACGACGUCGCGCGUCUCCAGAAGAAUGUCCAACAGUUACAAGUCGACACUGCUUUUCUGCGUAACGAUGUCACUCGCCUUCAAAAGAGCGUCCUACAGAUACAAGUCGAAUUGGAAGCUCUGAAAUCGGAGGUUUGUGGCUGUCGUACGGAGAUUAAGCAGUUGCACACGACUGUCCAGCAGUUGCAUACGGCAGUCAAUCAAUCCGAACGCGUUCGAUUCAAUUCAUUAGCGACUACGGUCCAUGCUCCGAUAAAUGCUGUCCCCAAGAUUGAUCAAGAUGGAACGUUACGAUACCCUAAUUGGUUCCCUAGGACUGUGUGGCGUUUUUGGUGUCUGAAGAAACGCAGUCGAAUUGAUCGCCUGCUUGAACUCGCCGAGUUCUAUGAAGUCGAAGGAUAUGAAUACUGGGGUCGAAAUCAUCUUGAUGAUUUCGUCCCCUGGGAUGACGAUGACGAUUCAAGUGAUUAUAGCGACCACCCAAACAAUCUCACACGUGCAGAGGCAGUGUAUCAAUAUCCUGAAGCGUGUCACCAAGCUCUUGCCGCUACCUUGGGGUUGAAUUAUCACAAGAUUCGCAAAGCUGUUGGAGAAAGCCCUAAUUCACGGAUAGCCACUGCCACGAAGCGACCUGUCGAUGACGUGGUGUCUAACCCUCAGGUAUCGUCUAAACAGAAGCAAGUCAAGAUUGGCAGACGUCCGCGCGAUGUCUCGCCGACUUUGCUACAGAGGCUCGUCUACGGCGUCCCAUCUGUAGCGUCCAAGUCCGUUUCUUCGGAACUUGAGGACAGGCUUGUGUGGCGUGAACAUCCACGCGAGGGAUCUGAGAUAUCAGACGAAGCACUAUCCAAGUUGAAGGGGCUUUCAAGCGAUAUAGGAUCGAUACUGCGCGCCAUUGAACGUGGGAAGCUCUACGUCAAAUCCGAGCAGAUGCAUGCUUCUCCUAUAGAGUCGCGUGCACGACACGACAUCAAGGGCGAGAGAUCUGAAUCUCCAAUGGCUGUGGAAGAAGAAGUUCGAUCAACACAUACGGUUUCGACUGAGAUUAUAUCGCCGACCGGAUCUCUUCCAGACACUGCCAGUAUGAUGUCGUAAUCAUCCAUCUAUAAUCCUUUAUCCCCCCUCCCCCUUUUUGCAUAUUGUACAGCAUUUACGGCGUUUUAUUUGAUUGGAAGAUACCCUGCAUAGCGAACUGGUUUGAAGGUGAUUGUUGGAUAUGAUGAUGGAUAUACUAACCAUUUUAUACUAUAUACAUUGUAAAUAUUCUUUGCAUGAGUGUAUAUAUGUGAAAUGGACCGAAACUUACUAACUC